AUGAAAAGCCGUGGGAAGGAUAAACAAGGAAAAUUAGACCAACAUUUUUCAUCAGCUUCACAUAAAGAAGCCAUGUUAGAUUAUUGUGCUUUUACUAUUAAAUCUAAUAAGAUUGAUGUUGUUUUCAAUAAGCAGUUACGGCAAUCUGCUAUACGUGAGAAACAAGAACAAGCAUUUAAUAAAUAUGCAGUCAGGAUUUUGAUAGAUUUAGCACGUACUUUAGCGAGACAAGGGCUUGCGUUCCGUAGUCAUAAUGAAGGUGCAAAUGAAUUACAAAAUGGAAAUUUUUAUCAAAUGGUUCAUUUACUUUUCCGUCACAAUGCAAUAUUAAAAAGAUGGCUUAAUGAUAAAUAUAUGCGUUCUCAUCAAGUUACAUAUCUCAGUAUGAAACCUCAAAAUGAAUUUAUCGAACUCUCAGCUGAAGAAACACUUAAGAAUAUAGUUGAAGAAGUGUCAACAUCUGAUAUAUUUUCAGUUUUAGCUGAUACCACACCAGACGUUUCACUUAAGGACCAAUUAUCUGUUUGUUUGAGAUACGUCGACCAAGAAGGAUCGACAAAUGAACGAUUACUGGAAAAAAACUGGAAAUGUAGCAUUUCAGUCAUAUGA